UGUCGGCGAGGUGUGGAGGCGCCUGAAGUGCCUCCUGGUGCUCGCCCGUGCUGCUGGAGGGAGAAGCCCGCGUCCACGCCUGCAGCUGAAGUCUCCGGACGAACGCCUCGCCCUGAGCCCGCGGAUGGGAAGGGGACACCUGGACCCGAAUGGGCUCGGCCGUCUCCAGCAGCGGGCGUGACGAUCGCAGGCGUGGCAGGUAAAAAAGAUUGCUGUAUCAACUCACGGAAGCAGUAGCCUCCCUGUCUUUGUAUUUUAAACUGCAGCAACAACUUGAUCAACAAUGAAGCAAUGAUAAUCUGAGAACAGAAGAGCAUUUGCCAGUGAACUGUCAUCACAAUUUCAAGUGAUCUUAUAAAGAAAAACAAGCUGCAACAGACUUUAUGUCAAGACAUUCUACCUUCUAGUGUAGGUAGAAUGCUUUUGUCUGAAAUUUAUUUGGAAGCAGUUUUCAUAUAGACCAUUUAAAUUAUAUCAAAUAAAAAUGAGUGAAGCCCCCAGAUUCUUUGUUGGGCCUGAAGAUACGGAAAUAAACCCUGGAAAUUAUCGGCAUUUCUUCCACCAUGCAGAUGAAGAUGAGGAAGAGGAAGAUGAGUCUCCACCAGAGAGGCAGAUUGUGGUUGGAAUAUGUUCCAUGGCAAAGAAAUCUAAAUCCAAACCCAUGAAAGAAAUUCUUGAACGAAUCUCCUUAUUUAAAUAUAUCACAGUAGUGGUAUUUGAAGAGGAAGUUAUUUUGAAUGAACCAGUGGAAAAUUGGCCUUUAUGUGAUUGUCUUAUUUCUUUCCAUUCUAAAGGUUUUCCGCUGGACAAAGCAGUUGCUUAUGCAAAACUCAGGAAUCCAUUUGUAAUCAAUGACUUGAAUAUGCAGUAUCUCAUACAAGAUAGGAGAGAAGUAUAUAGUAUUCUUCAAGCUGAAGGUAUUUUACUUCCUCGUUACGCAAUCUUGAACCGUGAUCCAAAUAAUCCCAAAGAAUGCAAUCUGAUUGAAGGAGAAGAUCAGGUAGAAGUAAACGGAGAAGUUUUCCAAAAGCCGUUUGUGGAAAAGCCAGUCAGUGCAGAGGAUCACAAUGUUUACAUUUACUACCCAACAUCGGCUGGCGGUGGGAGCCAAAGGCUCUUUAGAAAGAUUGGCAGCAGAAGCAGUGUUUACUCUCCAGAAAGCAGUGUGCGGAAGACAGGCUCAUAUAUAUAUGAGGAGUUUAUGCCCACGGAUGGCACUGAUGUUAAGGUUUAUACUGUGGGUCCAGAUUAUGCCCAUGCUGAAGCUCGAAAAUCUCCAGCACUGGAUGGCAAGGUGGAACGAGACAGUGAAGGGAAAGAAGUGAGGUACCCUGUCAUCCUCAAUGCGCGGGAGAAGUUAAUCGCCUGGAAAGUCUGCCUUGCGUUCAAGCAAACAGUUUGUGGCUUUGAUUUGUUACGGGCCAAUGGACAGUCCUAUGUCUGUGAUGUCAAUGGCUUCAGUUUUGUGAAAAAUUCCAUGAAGUAUUAUGAUGAUUGUGCAAAAAUACUUGGAAACAUUGUGAUGCGAGAGCUUGCUCCACAAUUUCAUAUCCCCUGGUCAAUACCCUUAGAAGCUGAAGACAUCCCGAUUGUACCAACUACAUCUGGAACCAUGAUGGAGCUUAGAUGUGUCAUUGCUGUUAUACGUCAUGGGGAUAGAACACCAAAACAAAAAAUGAAAAUGGAAGUGAGGCAUCAAAAGUUUUUUGAUCUUUUUGAAAAGUGUGAUGGAUAUAAAUCAGGGAAAUUAAAACUCAAAAAACCAAAACAAUUACAGGCAAUGCUAGACAUUGCGCGCCAGCUUCUUAUGGAGCUGGGGCAGAAUAAUGACUCUGAAAUUGAAGAAAACAAGCCAAAGCUGGAACAGCUGAAGACCGUGUUAGAGAUGUAUGGCCAUUUUUCUGGAAUAAAUCGUAAAGUCCAGUUGACCUAUCUCCCCCAUGGUUGUCCUAAAACAUCCAGUGAAGAAGAAGACAGCCGAAGAGAAGAGCCGUCCUUACUUCUGGUUCUGAAAUGGGGAGGAGAGUUAACUCCUGCUGGCAGGGUCCAGGCUGAAGAACUUGGGAGAGCUUUCAGGUGUAUGUAUCCUGGAGGUCAAGGAGAUUAUGCAGGAUUUCCUGGUUGUGGUUUACUUAGAUUACAUAGCACCUACCGACAUGACCUCAAAAUAUAUGCCUCUGACGAAGGACGGGUCCAGAUGACUGCAGCUGCUUUUGCAAAGGGACUGUUAGCUCUAGAAGGAGAACUUACACCCAUUCUUGUUCAAAUGGUAAAAAGUGCAAAUAUGAAUGGCCUCCUGGACAGCGACAGCGACUCUCUGAGCAGUUGCCAGCAGCGAGUGAAGGCAAGGCUCCAUGAAAUCCUCCAGAAAGACAGAGAUUUUACUGCCGAAGACUAUGAAAAGCUUACUCCAUCUGGAAGCAUUUCUGUUAUCAAAUCAAUGCAUUUAAUUAAAAAUCCUGUGAAGACCUGUGAUAAAGUUUAUUCUUUGAUUCAGAGUUUGACUUCUCAAAUCAGACAUCGAAUGGAAGAACCUAAAUCAUCAGAUAUUCAGCUUUAUCAUAGUGAAACAUUAGAGCUUAUGCUACGUAGAUGGUCCAAGUUGGAGAAGGACUUUAAAACAAAGAAUGGAAGAUAUGAUAUUAGUAAAAUCCCUGACAUAUAUGACUGUAUAAAAUACGAUGUCCAACAUAAUGGUUCCUUGAAAUUAGAAAACACGAUGGAAUUAUAUAGGCUUUCAAAGGCAUUAGCAGAUAUUGUUAUCCCUCAGGAAUAUGGUAUAACUAAAGCUGAAAAACUGGAGAUUGCCAAAGGCUACUGUACUCCUCUAGUUAGGAAAAUUCGCUCAGACCUUCAGAGGACACAAGAUGAUGACACUGUAAAUAAACUCCAUCCCGUGUAUUCCAGGGGUGUCCUGUCUCCUGAGCGUCAUGUCCGCACUAGAUUAUAUUUUACCAGUGAAAGUCAUGUGCAUUCUUUACUUUCUAUCCUUCGCUAUGGUGCCUUAUGCAAUGAAUCCAAGGAUGAACAGUGGAAACGAGCUAUGGAUUAUUUAAACGUUGUCAGUGAACUCAACUACAUGACUCAGAUUGUCAUCAUGCUUUACGAGGACCCUAACAAGGAUCUUACCUCAGAGGAACGCUUUCAUGUUGAAUUACACUUUAGUCCAGGAGCCAAAGGCUGUGAAGAAGACAAAAAUUUGCCAUCUGGGUAUGGAUAUAGACCAGCUUCCAGAGAGAAUGAAGGCAGGAGAUCUUUUAAAAUUGAUAAUGAUGAUGAACCACAUACUUCUAAAAAAGAUGAGGUUGAUCGAGCUGUGAUAUUGUUUAAACCAAUGGUGUCAGAGCCAAUUCAUAUACACAGGAAGUCUCCACUUCCAAGAUCCAGGAAGAUGGCUACAAAUGAAGUAAAUUAUUCAAGUAAAACCUGGAAGACUUUUCCCAGCGUCCACCAUCUCCAUGGAUGUCAGAAGUUUGUACUUCCAAAAGACACAGAGAAAAAGACAUACUCUUCAUUUUGUGCAAAGAGCCCUCUGAGUGUGUCUAGCCCAGAGGGCGCUGGUACCUGGCUGCACUAUACCAGCGGUGUGGGUACUGGGCGUCGAAGACGCAGAUCAGGGGAACAAAUCACUUCUUCCCCUGUCUCCCCCAAAUCAUUGGCUUUCACAUCCAGUAUUUUUGGCUCAUGGCAACAGGUUGUAUCUGAAAAUGCUAAUUACCUGAGAACAGCAAGAACUCUGGUGGAACAGAAGCAGAAUCCUACCGUAGGGUCUCACUGUGCGGGCCUGUUUAGCACCUCGGUGCUCGGGGGUUCUUCAAGCGCACCUAACCUACAGGAUUAUGCUCGUACUCAUCGUAAAAAGCUGACCUCUUCUGGCUGCAUAGAUGACGCCACACGCGGUUCUGCUGUUAAAAGGUUUUCUAUCUCAUUUGCUCGACACCCAACCAAUGGCUUUGAAUUGUAUUCCAUGGUGCCGUCCAUCUGUCCUCUGGAAACCCUCCAUAACGCCCUCUCUUUGAAGCAGGUGGAUGAGUUCCUUGCUUCCAUUGCUUCUCCAUCGAGUGAUGUUCUGCAGAAGACCCCUGAAAUGUCUUCGCGUUCCAGUCCAGUAAUGCGAAGGAAAAUAUCUUUAAAUACAUAUACACCUGCAAAGAUCCUACCAACACCACCAGCUACCUUAAAGAGCGCUAAAGCAAACAGCAAACCAGCUGCAGGUGGACCUUCUGGGGCAGUUGUACCUAGUACCUCAUCUCGGAAAAAGAACAUAACUAGCAAAACAGAAAUGCAUGAACACAAAAAAACCACUGGGAAAAAGAAAUGAAAUCUUAGCAGAAGCUGGAACUUCUUAUAAAAAUAACAUGGUCAAUAGAAAAAAACAUGUAACAAAGUUUGGCUGAAAACUGUCAAAGCAAGUAAUUUAUUUUCAUUAUGCAUCUCUGUAUUCAUUUAAAAAUGUUUUUAAAUCUAGAGGAUUCUUUGAAUAUAUUCAGGUAAGGAACAUUUGUCAUGAUCUGGAACUGUUUAAAACGAUAUUAUUAGCAUUCUAUGAGCAGCAAAACUUACAGUGAUAAAGGUUGGUAUUUGUUGCUGAGGUGUUUACUCUGUGCGGUGGUAACUAAACGUAAAAGCCCAGCUGGCCUGCACCAAAGUCACACCAAGCACUGACCUCCGUGUACGUUGCCAUUUUCGUAGAAUUGCAUCUUAGGUAUAAAAACCAUUAGUGUGGGUUAAACUUUGACAGUCAGGAUUAUACAUUAGAGACUUUUUAAAAGGCAUAUUUCCAAAGAGAUUUCACUAACCAUUUAGAUUAGAAAAUGUUUCUCCAUUGUUACAGUGACAUGUACGCUGCGUACUUAAUAACUGGAGUAUUAGUGCACGGGUUAUUUUUUCAGUCUGUGUUUUGAGUUUCUUUUAUUGUAUAUUGUUUACAAAUAUUGCAUAUAUGGCUGAGAAAACUACACCUUUAUGUACAUAAAUAUGCCCAUUAAUUUAUAGAAAAUAUUUUCUUUACAUAUUUCCUUACCAUAAGAGGUGCUUUGUUCAUCAGGAAAAUUUUUGCUUCAUCCAUUGGAAGAAAGGCACCUUUUUAGUUUCUUUUUAAUAGACAUAGUUGACAAGUUUAUAAAUGUUACACUUAUUUUCAUAGUUCUUUUUAGAUCUAGGAACUCAGUUCAAAAAUGGAAACCAUCAAUGUUAAUGCAGAAGCAAUCUGAACUCUAUGAAGUUAGUAGGGAUUGUGUAUAGCGUCUGUUUUUACCAUUUCCAUUCUUAUCAGUUGAUCUCACUAAGAAAGCUAAGAGAUUGAACAUUUGAAAGAAAUUGUCUUUAUAAAUGAUUAGAUUUUGAAGGGAAAUUGAGAUCAUUGUGUUGUGAUUUCAUCUAUGAUGUGAAAAAAAUUAUUAUACUUGGUGCUUUCUUUCCCUAAUGCACAAAUAAUUGUGAACCACUUGAAAUGACUUAUACUGUAAUACACCCAGUGCAACCUGCUAAGAAUUCCAUGCAGUGCUGGUUACACAACUUAAAUUGCUAAAGCUUUAGCUUAAAGUUUAUGUUUAGAAAAAUUAUUGAAUUCUUAUAGUAUGAAUACAAAUAUGGUUAUUCUUCAAAAGAGGGACUCUCCUAACCUUUAAUCAUUAUAAUAUGAAUUAACUUUUAGAAAAUAAGCAUUUUACAUGUUAGUUGUUUUAAAAGGUAUCAAAUGCUAAAGUCACAUAUAAUAUAUACAAUUAAAAGUUCACAUACUUCACAAGAAUAUAAAUGAAUUAUAUGGAGACAUGUCUUACAAACAGUUGAAUGUACCCGAGUUUUCUGUAUGUGAAAAUGUGGUUAAUGUGCUCAAUGUAAAGGUAAGGAAACUACUUUUAUUUUUUAAGUGGGAUUGAAUUAAAAUGUUAUUUCCAGAAUCAGAG